UGCUCGUACAGCAGCAGGUGACAAUAACAAAAACGUAAAUCUUGAUGACAUUAAUAAACCUCCGCUCCCGGGAUUUAUCCGUAAAGAUGGCAAUGAAGAAAAGGUACACUGUGGCCAGAAUAUUUGGAUUUGUAAGAUGACUUAUGACAAUGCCGUAUUUAAUGCACGUUCAGACGGGAUGUUCGUAAAAAAUAUGGCUCUCGCUAUUUUUGGGGAUAAGGAACUGAAAGAAUCGAGCGUAACAGGUGCACCAUCCAAUCGCACCAAGAGUGAUCCGAAGCCCUCGCUGAAUCCCACAAAGGCACUUGCUGUUCGCGAUAUAUUCAGGUACUUUUUGGAGUCAUAUCGUCGCUAUGAUAAGGACAAGAUUGAAGAGUUGGUAGGGGAUUACCAAACGUUUAUAAGACAAAAAAUCUCUGACAUGAACAGAGUCACCAAACGCGUCGUGAAGACGACAAACAAAAAAGGACCAAAAAAUAAGAGCGCACCUCCAGAUAACUGUGACAAAAAUCGUAGCAACAGCAACAGCAGCAGCAGCAGCAGCAACAGCAGCAGUAGCAGUUCUAGCAGUGACAACAGCGAUGACAACAGCGAUGACUGAUUUGUCAUUUUCCCCUUUUUCCCUUUUUUUCCCCUUUUUCUAUAUUAGUAGAAUAUAUAUAUUCUACCUAUAUAGAAAUUUAA